CAUCAAAUCAGCUGUGUAUCACACACAAGGAACAUGUAACAUAAUAAAUGUGCGUAUUUAAAAUUUCGAUGUGAAAAUGUCCACAGGGAUAAUUGACAAAAAAUCGACUCAAUGUUUAUGAUAAAUUUAUUGUGGAGUGACCAUGGCGCGCCGGAGAAGCAGUGGUAUCACGAGCCUGGCUUUUAAUCAGAAUCAAGGCUGCUUCACGUGCUGCCUAACAUCAGGCCUGCGCGUUUACAAUGUCGAUCCACUUGUUGAAAAGGCCCAUUACAGCAAGGAGGAGCUGGGCGAGGUGUCGCUAUGUGAGAUGGUGUUCCGCACCAACUGGCUGCUGGUGGUGCGCGCGCGACGGCCCUGCAGCCUCAUGCUGCUCGAUGACCAGCAGCGCGCGUUCAGGGCAGAGGUGGCGUUCAAGUCGCCGAUACGAGCUCUUCGUGCUAGGAAGGACAAAGUGGCGGUAGUAUUAACGUCCUCCAUCCAAGUUCUAUCACUGCCAUCGUUACAGCGUGUAGCGCUGCUCCGCACGCCCGCGUCCGCUCGGCCGCUGUGCGCGCUCGCGACUGAUCCCAACGCGGUGCAGUUGCUGGCUGCGCCGGCGCACCGGAAAGGAUCGUUGCAAUUGUUGGAUGUAUCGCGGGCUGUCAAAGGUGCUCAGUCAAGUUCCCCCGCGGUAGUGGGUUGCCAUCAAACGGACCUCGUGUGCAUCAGCCUAUCGGCUAACGGGGCGAAACUGGCAACCGCCUCUGAGCGGGGAACCAUCAUACGGCUGUGGGAUACUAGUACUAAGCAAAUGAUUCACGAACUGCGGCGGGGUUCGGACUAUGCGGAUGUUUAUUGUAUAAACUUCAACUGGUCGGGCUCGCUGGUGUGCUGCGUGUCGGACAAGGGCACGCUGCACGUGUGGGCGGCGCGCGGGCGGUUCGCGCGCGUGUGCGCCGCGCCCGCCGCGCCGCCGCUGCGCGCGCUCUGCGCCUUCGCGGACGACACCAGCGCGCUCGUGAUAUGUGAAGAUGGAACUUUUCACAAAUUUACGUUCUCUGCAGAAGGCAACUGCCAUCGUAGUGAUUUUGAAUACUUCUUACAGGUGGGAGAUGAUGAUGAAUUUCUUCAUUGAUAUACGGACUGUGGUAUUAAAUUCGAUGGACCUAAAUGUAUUAUUUUAACAUAUAAAUCAGUGUACAAAUUGAUAGA